UAUCAUUUUUAUAUACAUACAUCGCUGGUUGAAUGAGGGCGCGACCGGUAUUUUCCAGUAGUACAAAUCCAAAAUGUCAGACAUCGAUAAAUGGAUAGAUAUUGCAAAAGAAUGCAAAUAUCUUCCGGAAAAUGAUCUUAAGAAACUCUGUGACAUGGUAUGUGAUUUAUUAUUGGAAGAAUCCAAUAUUCAACCUGUAUCUACUCCGGUAACGGUUUGUGGCGAUAUCCACGGACAGUUUUAUGAUCUGGAGGAAUUAUUCCGUAAUGGAGGACCUGUGCCUGAUACAAAUUAUAUAUUCAUGGGUGAUUUUGUGGAUAGGGGCUAUUAUAGUUUAGAAACAUUUACACGCCUACUCACGCUUAAAGCAAAAUGGUCUGAUAGAAUAACAUUACUCAGAGGGAAUCAUGAAUCAAGACAAAUCACACACGUCUAUGGAUUUUAUGAUGAGUGUCAGAACAAAUAUGGCAAUGCAAACGCAUGGAAGUAUUGCUGCAGAGUCUUUGAUUUGCUCACAGUUGCUGCCUUAAUCGACGAACAAGUACUUUGCGUACAUGGUGGAUUAUCUCCAGCUAUUUCAACAUUAGAUCAAAUUAGGACGAUUGAAAGAAAUCAAGAAAUACCACAUAAAGGUGCUUUCUGUGAUUUGGUAUGGUCCGAUCCAGAAGAUGUGGAUGGAUGGACGGUUAGCCCACGAGGUGCUGGUUGGCUGUUUGGAAGCAGAGUUACUUAUAAAUUUAUGGAAAUAAAUGACCUUAAGCUUAUUUGCAGAGCUCAUCAACUGGUGCAUGAAGGCUAUAGAUACAUGUUUAAUGACAAAUUAGUGACAGUCUGGUCAGCUCCAAACUACUGUUACAGAUGUGGCAACAUAGCUAGUAUUUUACAGUUUACAACAGUAGAUCAUAGAUGUCCAGUGCUGUUCCAGGCAGUACCUGAUUCAGAAAGAGUGAUUCCACCCUUAACCACAACUCCAUACUUCUUGUGAUUUAACUUAGUAAUUCAUUUGUUUGGAUGCAGAGGAGAGAUAUCUGUGUCUAGACUCAAUGGAAUUACAUGAUUUUUGGAUAAUGAAUCCAGGCUGGUACUAUGACGGAGCAUAAAAUUCCCUAAAAUAUAUUACAGAGUAUUACAUUGCUUAGAAUUUUGAUAUCCUUUUGUUUUUUCGUUUUUUUUUUUUUUUUUUUUUUUUUUUUUUAUUUAAGUUUUUAAUGCUUUUCUAAUCGAACUGUAUAACCUGGCACAGACAAUUUACAAUGUAAUUAUUAUGAAAAAAAAUUUGAAGAUUUUUAAAGGAUUUUAUCAACUUUUGUAUAUUAAAAAUUUUUAUACUUAGCAUCUGCCAUUGCAUCAGCCUGAUUUCUUUAAUUUAAAGAUAUUUUCCAUUGGAAUAAAUGUGAACACUCUAUGGUCUAGACGCUUCGCUGUCUACUGUGUACAUUCUAUAGAGCAUUCGUAUCUCAGAGCAAUGUUGUGGACAUAUUGACACGAAGGCUGAGGCUUUUUAAAUAAUUUAUGAACAUAAUUAAUUAAUGGUCCAACUAUGUGUGGAUGGAUAAAUAAAAAAUGUCAUUUAAACAUUCCGGCAUAUAAGACAGGCGCUCUGAGUACAAUCGAUGCUUCAUUGAUAUUAUGAUCGUUGUGCGUAGAAUUCAGGUUUAUUCAAGCGUAAGCGUAUAUACUAUCGUUAAGGUCUUCCUGAGUAAAUGAUACAUUUCUGAUUUAGUAAAUAUACUGGUAUGCUGCGUGCAAUUUUUUUAUUCUAGAUGCGCAAUCAGUGUUCUUAGCAGCAUAAAUUUGGCGUUUAUGCCAUGGUACAAAUAGUGUAUAGCAGUAGCCAAAGUUUUUCUGCCUAGGUAAGGGUAUCUAUGAGAGGAUUGUAUUAUCUGUAAUUGUUUUUCUGUCUCUCUUCUUUUUUUUUCUUUUUUUUUUUUUUUAUAUUUUUUUUCCCUUUCUUUUUUCUCUUUUUCUUUUUUUUAAUCGUUUUUACGCACAUGACAUUUCUUUUUAUAUCGUCUUUUAAAUUCUGGGCUCAUUAUUAAUCAUCUGCAAAGUACUCUAAUCUAUCGGUAUUCAUUCAGAAAGCUCGGCCUUUUUAGCCAUUUCUCUCUUCUAUAAGUACAAAGCAAUAGUUUUGAAUAUUAUUAUAUUCUCCGCGUCUUUGUACAGUUUCCACGUUGUAUGCCAAAUUGCUGUUGUACUGAAUAAUCGUAUUAGCUAGUUUCUCAUAAGUUCAUUACUAUAGGGAGCAACUUGUAAAAAUCGAGACCCUUAGCAAUGUGCCUCUCUAAAUUGAUAAGCGUUUGUGUAAUAUAAUGAUACGGUAUCGAUACAUAAUUAAUGGGAACGCACUGGCCAUUGCGUAUUAUAAGCCUGAAUUCUGACCAUCGAUUGAUUAGCUCACGGUAUUCCUAAUUGAUCACAGACCCGAUAAAUAUCGCAUUGGCAUUUGGCACUGGCUGUCAAGUUGGAAAUUAUUCUAUUUUGAAUUUUGUGAUAUAGAUCGAACGAGGCAUGUGAACGUUAUGUCGACGUUUAUAACGAUUCUCCUUGUCGAAAUCGUUCGAAGAUGUUUUAAUAACUUGUUACUUCAAGGAAUAUAAUAAA